CGCUUAUUAUAAUGACAUGACUUUCAUGAAAAUUAUAACAUGAAAUGCUAUUAAUGACACUUAAUAGAAAGCUGAUUGAUUGUGAGUUUCCAAAUGCCUGAUGUUAACGUUCUUCUUUUCUUCAUCAAUGCAGUAUACAAUUAUUAUAAUGAAGGCGAUUAUCAGCUCAGAAGUUAUUUAUAUAGACGUGACAGAGUACUUUCAGUCCAACUAAUGAUCAUUCUCAUCGACUUCGGACUAUACCAUGGAGCAAAAAUUAUACUGGCGACUCCAUUUGUGCUUGCAUUCUUGAUAUAUAAGUGGCGUAGGAGACAUUUAUCAAUGUAUAAUGCCAUUGAAGAAUUUUUGCAAAAACACAAUGAUCUCGUGCCAAUAAGGUACUCUUACUCAGAAGUAAAGAAGAUGACCAAAGGUUUUAAGGAUAAACUGGGUGAAGGUGGUUAUGGCACUGUCUUUAAAGGAACACUUCGAAGUGGCCAACUUGUAGCUGUAAAAAUGUUGGGUAAAUCCAAAGCUAAUGGCCAAGAAUUUAUCAGCGAAGUUGCUACCAUUGGAACGAUUCACCAUGUUAAUAUAGUGCAACUCAUUGGCUUUUGCGUUGAAGGAUCAAAGCGUGCUCUUGUAUAUGAAUUUAUGUCCAACGGAUCUCUCAAUAAAUACAUUUUUUCACAAGAAGGAAGUAUUCUUCUAAGCUUUGAAAAAAUGCAUGAUAUUGCUCUUGGAGUAGCUCGUGGCAUUAAAUAUUUACAUGAAGGUUGUGAAAUGCAAAUUUUGCAUUUCGAUAUCAAGCCUCACAACAUUCUUCUCGACGAGAAUCUUACACCUAAGGUCUCAGACUUUGGCUUGGCAAGACUUUUUUCAGUAGAUGAUAGCAUUGUUUCUUUGACUACUGUAAGGGGGACAUUGGGAUACAUGGCUCCUGAGUUGUGCUAUCAAAAUAUUGGGGGCAUCUCAUAUAAAGCUGAUGUUUAUAGUUUUGGAAUGUUAUUGAUGGACAUGACAGGUAGACGAAGGAACUUGAAUACAUUUGCAGAUCAUUCUAGUGAAACCUACUUCCCUACUUGUGUCUAUGAUGAGUUGCACAAUGAAAAUGGUAUAGAAAUAGAAGAUGCCAUCGAGGAGGAAAAGAAAAUGACUAAGAAGAUGAUCAUAGUUGCAUUGUGGUGUAUACAAAUGAAACCUAAUGAUCGUCCUUCAAUGAACAAAGUCAUAGAAAUGCUUGAAGGAGAUAUUGAAUGUUUACAAAUACCUCCAAAGCCUUUCUCAUCAUUAUCAGAAAGAUACAUACAAUCAGACAUUGAAGAAAGUUCAAAUCAGUCUUGGUCAUCAAUUCAAUCGAGCGAAUUGAGUCAAUGUACACAAUCGUCAAUGCAAUUUAACUGAUAUGUUAGUUUGUUGAUUUAGUUGCAUAAAAAAGCUAGUCUCCCUAGCUAAGGAUGGCAAUCUUCUCAUACUUCACAAUUCAAAGGUUCUUCAUAUUAUUAUAUAUGUAACAAAUAAGUGUUAGCUUUCCUUCUUCCUAUUGUCAUUUAUUUCUGAAUUCAGUUUGCUUAUGCUAAACUAUUGAAUGGGUUUUUAGUUAAUUUUUGACGAGGUAUGGUGUUAAUAUUGAA